CUACCCAAACAACAUCAACACCAAUACCAGAAACAACAACUUCAGCAACAGUGCAAGUAGCAGGAUUCGAUAGUUUAGCUUUAGAUUUACCUAGUAGUUUAAGUGCCAGCAAAGAUGCAAAAAGAGACAAUGCUAGUUCUAGUGAUAUUUGGGUCAAUUUCGAGACCGAUUUCGACAAGGAAGAUAUGAUGCAGAAUGAUCAGGGAUACGCUGGUCUGGAAGAUAGCGCCGCAUCAGAGCCACUGGAUGAUUUCCAAAAGCUGAUGAAACAACUUCAAGAAAUGAAGGAGAAACCGCUGUUUAACCAGGAGGAAAGUAAAGAGGUACAAGAAGACGAUGACCUCUUAGAUGAUGACUACGAGGAAGUUGACUCAUUAAUUCGUCGUCAGAAACAACGCGAUGAAGAAAACCGAAAGAAACUGUUCGACGACGACGAUGAUGAUUACUAUGAUGACUAUAGCAACGAAGACUUACAAAAUAGUAAGAAGGGACAAAAUAGUAACACUGAUACUAUAGAAACUCCUUCUUCCGAUGGCGGAAAUGUGAUGCGAGACUACAUAAAAGGUAAAACCGCUUCACAUCGUUUCAAAUCACGAUUAGAAGAUUUUGCCGACGGUGAUGAUGAAUUGCUGUCUUCCGGCAGCCGUAAGCUACGGAAAAAUGACUCUAUCAAGGUAAUUUCUACACCAAAUGGAAAAGUAGGAAUUGUAUAUAAGGUGGAACCAAAAUCAACAGAAGACGAUAAAACGAGUAAAAAGUCAAGUGAGAAUCAGGGUGAGACAGUGGAGGUAAAGCAAAAGAUAACUCCCGUAAUUACGGCCGAUGGAAAAGUUGCUCUUCUAUACCGUGGUGCGUCGGAUAAUAGUGAAACCUUUAGAAAUAAAUACGAACCCAUCACUGAUAAGGACAUUUUGACACAACUGAUCGACAAUAAUAACAGUAACAACAAAAAUGCUACUAUUAACAGUAGUAGUAGUAGUGGUAGCAGCAUCCCCAGCAGUAGUAGUAGUAGUAGUAGUAGCAGUAAUAUUAACAACAGUAUUAAAAAUAUUACCACUAAAAAUAGUAUUUAUAAUAGUAAUUACGAUAGUUAUGAUAGUUUUAGUAGAAACAGCAACAAUGUGAUCAUUGAACCGGCAACAGUCGAAUCUGAUUCGAUUGAUGGUUCAGCGAACAGUAGACAGAUUGAUCAGCGCGUAACAGUGCCCCCACUCCGCGAUUUGGUGAAUCGAAGUACUUUUACCACUACUGCCACUAUGACUAUUACUACUACUACUAUUGCCACAAGUUUGACUACAACGAUAGCGCAGCCUUCGCUGUGGGACGACAACGAGGCAUCCCGUCAGGAAAAUGCCCUUCUCAUAAACCGACCUCUAUCGGAGGUUCUAGGAAUUAAGAAAAACUUGUACCUAGACACUAGUAUAAAGAUACCAAAUAUUGAAACGUCGACACACAAAAUGAGGAUUACCAAUAACAGUAAUCUUUUAUCGUCGCUUCUGCACAGCAUCAAUGGCAGUGAAAGUGGAACGAACAGCUCUAGCGCCAAUAGCAGAAUCAUCAGCAACUACGUUAGUAAAAAUUUUCGAAAUAAUGCGAACGUAGAAUACGAUGAUAGACUGUCGUUAGGCGAUCGGGGUGGAUACAGUGUGAAUGGAUUUAGCAGGUCAAGAUUUUACGUGAAUCGACGAACUACACCACCUAUUCCCCCACGUGUAAUAAAAGAGGAAAGCGAAGAAGAAUGGGUUAGCGGUGAUGAUAACUCUGUUCCAGAGGUAAUCAAUCUGGCCAUCAUUCCAGCUUUUGAACAUGAAAUCGACGAAAAAUACUUGAGGCCUAACGGUGAUGAUCAUUACUAUCGAAAGCACAGGCAUCACUACAACAAUAUAGCAGCUGGUCACCCAACAGUACACUGCGCAAUGCAAGUUGUGGUAGCAUGUGUAGUGAUGGGUACAUUCUUCGGUAUUGCUGGAGCCUUUUUCCGAUCUAGGGUAAUCGAUCAGCUUCGAGCAUUGUAUUGGUAGAAUUUGUAUGGCAUUCGAUUGAGCAAAUACGUCACAUCAAGCGGUCAUUUCGACGGAAGAUAUCAAAAUUAUUGCUUCUACUUAGUUGUUCGAUAGUAGUUGAAAAACGGGCAAUCACUCAGUUGAAUGCCUAACAAUGAAAAUGCCGAAUCCUGGAGAGCUUAUCCUAACCUUAAGAUACAAACAACUGACUGUGUGGUAUAUUUUACCGUAACUAAAUGUCAUUGUGUAGAAGAGCCAUUCAUCGGACUAUAGAUACUGAUAGAGACUGGACAUUGUAAAUGUUAUGUUCACUUCCCCCACCCGUGCAACUAAAUGUAUAAUAUUAAAGUGUCAACACAAAACAACGUCGAUUUUCAGUAUCAAGGUCGAUUUGUCUGCUAAUCUAUUGUUUCAUUGUCGAAAUCGGAAAGUAAUCAUUUUUACUGAAAAACAAAAAUGCAAUUUGUUACAUAAUAGGUAGAAGUAAAUCUAAUUUAUUGAAAUAAACUAAAACUACAAGCGUCUCUUGCGUCUAACAGUUGUAACAUAAUUUUGUACAUCUCACUUGUCACUAUAUUGGCCAUUGCAUUCAACAAUUGUACACCGAUUUGCCAGCAAAAAACAGCAUCUUACGAUAGUUAAAUAGAUGAUAGAACAAAAACAUCCAUAAGACAAAAAUGUGGAAAUCGAAAAUAUUACAAAGGGUAGUCGCGCGAAAAUUCGUUAUUUUUUAUCAAUGACAAUGAAUAGAAAUUGAACGAGCAUUUAUUUAACUGAUAGGGUAUUCGUAGAGUAAACUGUUUUUAAAAAGAGGAAUAGCGGGCAGAAAUCGGUUUGUCGAAACUGAAGCUAACAUGCGAGUAACAGAUGGAACGAACAAAUAAAUAUGUAAAUCUUGCCUUUUAAAUGAUGAACAUUUGAUAGAAACGAAUGAAAACAGUCAAAGAUGUAAACCGAAAAUAAGGUGGAUGGACAUCAUAAAUAUUUUUGAAAUGCUGCACACAACAGGCGAAACGUAUAAAAUUGGGAACUAUAUAUUUUAUUAUUAGCAGUACGAAAUCAUAGCUAAAGAAGAAUCCUGUUGAUUAGUUUUGGCAGAGAAUAUUUAUUAUCUAUUAUGGUAAUCCUUAUUUUAUUUUCAUUCCCUCGAACUCAGGGGCCAGCCUCCCUCUAUCUGACUAACCACAGUGGUGUUUCCUGAUGAAAUCCGUAGACCCAGGCUGUAACAACGUUCCAGUCCUGCGCUUCAAAGCAUGAAAGUUAGUAAACAACAAGGGCAUGGUAAUGCCUCGGGUAGAUUAGAAAUCCUUGCGGAAAAAAAUGAGUAAAAGUCAUACCAUACACACUGUAUCUUUUAAUCGAAUAUACUCACAGAUGUAUUUCUACCAUGGGAAUGUACUAUUCAAACUUGACUAUUCUUGUAUCCUUUAUAAUAAAAAAUAUAGUCGUAAUCAUUUUCCUAGAGAAACCAAAAGCAGACCAUAGAAGAAACGAAUAAACGAAGUUGGAAUGUAUCAAAUCAAAUAUCUGCACUCUAACGGAAGAGAAAACCGGUUUAUUGAAGCAUUUUUAAAAAAGCCAUAAAGAAACAUGUUUCGAUUCGUAAUCGUUACAAAUGUGGUAAUAGCAUUUUUCGUUCCGAAGAUUUCAAUCAAUUAUAACUGUAUAAAUGUUGCCAUUAAAAAAAAUAUACGCAAGAAUUUUUUCCUCGAAUUUCAAACAAUUGAGCUUUAUGUUAACCUGUAUUGUUACAAAAGUAUGAUAUAACAAAACUUUGCUUUCAUAAUAAUUUAUCUUUACUGAUUUUUAUUUUAUUUACCCAUGUAUAAUAAGUAUUAGCAGCUAAAUAUACUGUCUUAUACAAAACUUUUAUUUGAAA